AUGACUCUUCGUGUCGAAUAUCCCGCUCAUUCUAGAAAUCCCGAUUCAAAUCCUGUCGGCGGUCUUGGUUUUAAGGCAAAACCAAUCAAAAUUGAUACGAACGUCAAGAAGGUCGAACUAUCUUACAGCGUCUAUUUCCCAAAGCAAUUUAACUUUGUCAAAGGAGGUAAGCUUCCUGGUCUUUAUGGUGGUCAUGGUGACUGUACAGGAGGUGAAGAUGAUAAAACCUGUUUUACUACAAGAUUGAUGUGGAGAAAGAAGGGUGAAGGAGAGAUUUAUGCUUAUUUGCCUUACUCUAGUGAACCCGCAUCUAUUUGUGGAAGCGACCUGAAUGUGUGCAACCCUGAAUAUGGUUACAGCUUAGGGAGAGGAAGUUUUCGAUUCAAGGCAGGAAAAUGGACCCAUUUACGACAAGUGUUGACAAUGAAUACUCCUGGAAAACAAGAUGGUCAACUUGUCCUUUACGCCAAUGGUAAGAAAGUAUAUACCCAAGAAAAGAUGAUCUUUCGUAGAGAACCCGCUGGUCGGGUUGUUGGAAUCAUGUUUCACACAUUCUUUGGUGGCUCGGAUGACUCUUGGGAGACCCCAAGGAAACAAUACAGUUAUUAUAAAGACUUUGCACUCAAGACUACUUACUAA